AUGGAAACGGUGCUUGAACAGCAACGUCGCAUCCACGAAGAGCGGGAAAGACUAAUAAACGAAUUGACAAAAGAAAUGCUUUAUAAUCCAACCACACAUAGAGAAAAGUUAAAUUCAGAGCUUCGUUUAAGACUUAUGUAUGAUAGGUACUUUGAUGUAACACAAGAACUAAGAGAUCUGUAUGAAGAUAAAGAUGGUCUACGCAAGGCUGAUAUUCAAACACUUUCCGGUCCAAAUGAAUUUAACGAGUUUUAUGAUAGAUUAAAGCAGAUUAAAGAAUUUCAUCGCAAGCAUCCUGGCGAGAUAUGUGUCCCAAUGUCUGCCGAGUUUGAAAAGUACAAAGAAAUGAGAGAAAGACCAGAAGAAGCGAAUGCUGUACUUAUUGACUUUUCAGAUGAGGAAGGCUAUGGUCGUUAUCUGGAUUUACAUGAUGUGUAUAAGAAAUAUCUGAAUGUAAAAGGUGUUCCACGCAUAGAUUAUCUCACUUAUAUCUCCUUCUUCGAUCGAUUGUAUGAUAUAUCUCGUGAUAAAAAGGGAAUAGCAUAUAAAGCCUACCUCGAAGAGUUGCUUGGCUAUCUUGAAAAUUUCGUAUCGCGUGCUAGACCUAUAGUGGAUUUAGAAGAGGAAACUAAAGAAGCGCUUGCUAAAUUCGAAACACAAUGGACUCAAGGAACAUUUCCUGGUUGGGGUCGUGAGGCAGCAUCUGCCUUAGCGCAUGGAGGUGCUCAUUUGGACUUGACCGCUUUUACAGCCUGGGAAGAACUUGCUUCACUUGGACUUGAUAGGCUUAAGUCAGCGUUACUCGCGUUGGGCUUAAAAUGUGGUGGAACUUUGGAGGAAAGAGCUCGUCGCUUAUGGGCUACAAAAGGUAAAUCACUCGAAGAGUUACCUGCAGAUCUGUUUGUUACAAAGCAACGGUCGACAAAAGGUUUCGCUAAGACAGCUGCAUGGGGACAUGUACCUCCAGCGCUAUCUGAAAAGCUAAAAGAAAUCGCUACACUAGAGGCUAGAAUAUACAGACUCAGUGAACUGGUCAAAGAACAUCGCGAAGCUACUAUUGAGAACGUACAACGUCGUCAGGCACGAAUAGGAUUCGAACGAGAUGAAGAUGAUACAGAUGCAGAUAAGGAUGCUACAGGUGCAGAAAACGGUCAGAAUGAAGAGGAUGAUGAUAUUCCUUAUAACCCUAAGAAUCUACCCCUUGGAUGGGACGGGAAACCUAUUCCAUAUUGGUUGUACAAAUUGCAUGGAUUAAAUAUGUAUUAUAGUUGCGAAAUAUGCGGUAAUCAAACAUACCGUGGUCCUAAAGCAUUUCAACAACAUUUUUCUGAAUGGCGACAUGCUCAUGGUAUGCGAUGUUUAGGCAUACCGAAUACAAUUCAUUUUGCUCACGUAACAAAAAUUGAAGAAGCUUUAGCUUUAUGGCAACGAAUAAGAACAAUGAAAGAAGCUGAACGUUGGCGUCCAGAAGUUGAAGAAGAAUUAGAAGAUUCUGUCGGCAAUGUUGUAUCUCGUAAAACCUAUGAAGAUUUAAAACGUCAAGGUCUUCUUUGA